AUGGGGAAAUCAAUCAAACACGAGUUUUUUCAGUGGUGUGCGAAUGAAACAAGCCUUGGAUUUUUCGACACUUCGUUCGCUUCGUCAUUUUUCAUUUGGGAGAUGUUGCUCGACGUUGUCCUAUCAAUAAUUCUUGUCGGCUUUCUCAACUACCAGUUCGAAGCCGCUUUUCGAAUGUCGUUCUAUGGAGAUGUACAGGCGAGACGGGACACUCAACGUAUGCAG